UUGGGUUAGUUCUCCAAAUCUUUGUUUUGGUCAUACCUGUUAUCGUCAAGCGGAGACACGGGUUAGCAACGAGAGCUGAUGUUUGCAACGAAUAUAUAAACACAGCUAGCUAGCUAAAUCACCACGCAUUACUCACUUAUAAGGAUAAUUGAUCGGCACAUCAACAAAUAAGUAAAGUAUGGAUUCCGUCAACGCUUUCAACUUGGAGUUAUUCACCAUGAUUGACAUGAAGCCUCCAAUAUCACGAGCAAAGAUGAUGUCAGUCACUAAAUCAGCAAUAAAGGCUAUCAAGCUAUACAAGCAUGUCGUCCAGAUUGUGGAGAAGUUCAUCAAGAAGUGCAAGCCAGAGCUGAAGGUUCCUGGCCUAUACGUGGUGGAUUCCAUAGUCCGACAGUCCCGACACCAGUUUGGAGUGGACAAGGACGUCUAUGGACCAAGGUUCCAAAAGAACUUCACCCCGACCUUCCAGAACCUAUACCUCUGUCCACACGAUGACAAGAGUAAGAUCAUCCGUGUCCUCAACCUGUGGCAGAAGAACGCUGUGUUUGAGAUGGAUGUCGUCCAGCCUCUAUUGGACAUGGCUACUGGCUCUUUCGUCCUUACUCCCUCCCCCCAGGAGGACCUCCAGGCCCAGCCCCCAGUCUCCAGUGCCUCUUUUGCAGCAGCCCAGCACCAGGCCCAACCCCCAGUCUCCAGUGCCUCUAUUGCAGCAGCCCAGCACCAGGCCCAGCCCACAGUCUCCAUAGCAGCAGCCCAGCCCCCAGUCUCCAGUGCCUUCGUUGCAGCAGCCCAGGCCCAGCCCCCAGUCUCUAGUGCCUCUAUUGCAGCAGCCCAGCUCCAGCCCCCUGUCUUCAUAGCAGCAGCCCAGCACCAGCCCCCUGUUUCCAUAGCAGCAGCCCAGCACCAGCCCCCUGUUUCCAUAGCAGCAGCCCUGCCCCAGCUCCCACCACAGCUUCGGAACCCUGAGGCUCUGGCGGCUGUGGCCCAGCUCUUCCAGUCUGGACAGGGACACGAGCUUCAGAAGAUGCUUCUGAAGUUCCAGUCAGGGCAGCAGACCACCACUCUGGUUCCCAACACCAUGGUGGACGAGACUCAAACUACUGUUCCCAACACCGCGUCUGACCAGACCCGCUCACAGAGGGUCCAAGGCCAGCAUAACACACACCAUCCACUGUUCGACACACACCACACACAUCCUGCAGAGCAGAAUAACUCACUAGCUAAGAAACUCCUGGACCGUUUUGAUUACGACGACGAACCAGAAGAAGUGAAGAAAGAGGAAUUGGAUUCCCUUGUUCCGGGAAACGUUUACGGUGGCCAGUUUCCUGUUCAAACGCCGCCCAACAUGGAGCAGCAAUUUCAGGGUCAUAUGAUGGGCCAGCCUGGGAGGCAGCAGACACCUGGUGAAGGAUACCCUGGUCUGAACAAGGGCUACAACCAGAGCCAGCACACUGCCCAGCAGAACCAGGACCAGGGAAACCCCAGAGAGAGAGAAGAUCCGUCUGGGAGGAGGGAUGGGAGGGAGGGGAGGCAGCGCGGCCACGGCAGGAGGUCACGCUCCAGGUCUGGCUCUCGAUCUCCCAGGAGAAAGAGAUCCAGGUCCAACUCUCGCUCCCGGAAGCCCCGACACUCCUCCCAGCGCUCCGGGUCCCGCUCCAGGGAGAGUCGCUGGAACUCGCCUCGCUCCCGCUCGCAGGAGAGGAAGGAGAGAGAGAAGGACAAAGACCGUAGACAGAAAGGUCUGCCCAGCAUCAAGAGCCAGACACUCAGUGUUUGCACCACGACUCUGUGGGUGGGCCAGCUGGACAAGAAGACUUCUCGGCAGGACGUCAUGUGUUUACUAGAGGAGUUUGGGCAGAUUGACUCCAUUAAUAUGAUCCCUCCUCGUGGAUGUGCCUACAUAGUGAUGGUCCACAGGCAGGAUGCCUACAGAGCUCUACACAAACUCGGCAGAGGAUCCUUCAAGGUCAACCAGAAGGCUAUCAAGAUUGCGUGGGCCUUGAACAAGGGUAUAAAGGCGACCCAUAAGAAGUUCUGGGACGUGGAGCGAGGCGUCACCUACAUCCCCUGGAGCAAGGUGAAGAUAGAGGAGCUGGAGGGCUACAGGGAGGGAGGCAUGCUGGACGCAGACACACUCUGUCCAGAAUGGGGAGAUGACGUGAAGGAGCUGACUAAACCAGGAGGACUGAACAACGGAGGAGGAGCGGAUGCCAUGGAAACCGAGGGAGCUGCCACCGCCCACGUACAGGUGCCUCCAGUCCAGCCAAUAGGGUCCAUGGGUGGUCCCUCUGGAUUCCCUGGCCCUCCCCCCUCCCUCACCCCCGGUGGACCCCCUCUCUUCCUGCCCGCUGGCUUCAACCCCACACAGCCUCCAGGUUUCCCUCAUGCAGUAGUGGGUGGACCAGGGAGCACCAAAGAUGACUCUGGAUCUAAAGACAAGGCAGGAGGGAGUGGUGGCCCCUCAGACACUCCAGACAUCCAGCUGGGAGCUCCAGGCCCAGGCGGACCAGGGGCCUUGAUGAGUCCUCCAGGCCCAGGCGUACCAGGGGCCUUGAUGAGUCCUCCAGGCCCAGCAGUGUUACUGGGUCCCAGGCCGGCCAUGCUGCCCAUGCAGCCUCGUCCGGGACUACCACCCCCUCACCUCCAGCCCCACUUCCCCCUCCUCCCUCCCCCAAACAUGCCCCCUAUGAUGAUGGGCCCCAGGGGCCCCAACCCUAUGUUUCCCCCAGGGGGCGCCCUCCAGGUCGGUUCAGGAUGCCCAUGGGCCACCAGUCCAUGGAGGACUUUCCUCACGGACCCCCAGACAUCCCAUCCAGCCUGGACCCCCCCAGACAUCCCUUCCAGCCUGGACCCCCAGACAUCCCUUCCAGCCCGGACCCCCGGGAAGAAGAAGGCAACUGGGAGGGCGGGAGACACUUCAGGGGCGAGAGGCCAGGGUUUGGGGGACGUGACAGGGACGGGGGAGGUUUGGGGAGCGGGGAGAGGGUUUCCUAGAGGAGGAGGAGGGGGGGAAAUGGUCGGCCCAUAGAUGGGCCUGAGGGGAGGGACCGCUUCAUGAACCAACGGGAUAGAUUUGAAUGGUGAUGAGGCAGGGCCAGGAGGGUUCAGCCGUAGAGACUGGGGGGUAAUCAUCCAGGGUCCUGUUCAGCAGGGAGAAAAACAUUUUGGAACAGAGUAAAACAGGAAUGAACUACCUGAACUUGUCCAGUAAAAACCCAAGAGUUUUUUUUGUUUUGCUGAACAUAACCCAGAUGUCUGACCUGGAGAAUGACUUGGAGACUGGGCACACGGAGUCAGACUGAGUCACACGGAGUCACACGGAGUCAGACGCAGACAUUGUAAUGUACAGCCUGUCCCUGACGAGUUUCUCCACUGUUCCAAAGACAUUAAGACUAACACAGAGAAAAGAAAAUGAAUGGGACAGUUUCCCAAAUCAUAGAAUAAGCCCAGUCCAGUUAAUACAAAGCAUGUUCAAUGGAGGAUCUCUGUUAGAACGACUUCUUAGUUCAGGACUAGGUUUAAUCUGUGUCUGGGAAACCUACCCUGUCAGAAUAUCACAGUUUAAACCAGUGGAAGUCUAAUUUGGAAGUCUGUUCAUAUGAAGAACUUUUGUCCUGCCUUUUUGAGCUGGUAUGUUCUGACAGAAAACCACAGAGAGAAGAAUACUGAUUUGUAUAUAUUGUAUUUGUGCUGAUGGCCAAUAUUCUGUUUUUUUGUUUCUUCUCCAGGAAGUCUGUCACUAGGGCAGUGAGGAGAAACAGACAGUUGACCUGAAAACACCAUCAUCCUUGUAUCGAUGGGGGGGUUCAAAACAUGAAAAUCUUUUGCUUCAGAAUUUAUCAUUAGCAGUUUGUUUUUAGUAAACUAUUUUUGUACAAAUUUAA